AUGGAUUCAGUUCAGGCUUGGACUGCCAAUGAGUGGUAUGCAAUCAUUCAAGGGUGGAGAGUGGUAAAGCCAAUCGUUUCUUCGUCAGCCAAUGCAGUGAUACCUUCAGCCAACACCGUUCAACAGAAUAAUCAGAGUGGAAUUGAUUCAUCUGGUGUUGUAGAUCAUCAUCAUCAUGAUGUUGUUAGUGUAAAUGUUGGUGUCGGUGGUGUUAACGUUGGUGUCAGUGUCGGUUCUAAUAUCAUAGGUUCGGUUGACUCUCAGAAAGAUGGUCAUCACGAUGGUUUAGGCGAUGUUGGUUCUGUUGGUGGUGUCGGUGUUUCUACAUCCUCUGCACAUAGCUCAGACUUGGGAAGCAUGCUUGAUAAACACAGCAUGCUAUCGGAACAAGAUAACAUCAGUAAGAUGCAUUCAUCUACAAGCUAUAGUCAGUCGUCACAUGCCUCACAGUCAUUCUCAUCGAUUCUGACAGAGAGUAACAUCCUAAACACACCCUCACAUUUAAUCAUUGAAAUUCUACUUAAAAGUUUAAAGUUCGAAAAGGAUGACAUCCUUCGUAUCAAUCUUCUACUUUUUCUUCAAGAGAAUUCAACUUUACUCUUGGAAGAAGAUUCUAAAAGAUUUGAAAGAGUAUUUAGUAUAUUACAAUCGUUGGUGAAUUCACAGGUAGAUAGUUAUCCAGUGAAGAGUCAGGUGUUGUCUACUAUGACUACGAUAUUGAUUUGCGAGUCGAUUAUUAAGACACAUCCGAGAUUGGUAGAGACAUUCAUUGAUCUACUGUUGGAUAUUGUCAAUAAGAUCAAUAAUAGUUCCGAUCGACUACUUAGAGGAUCGGCAUGUCAAUGUUUGUUGGAGUUGGAGUUGACCUACCCGUGUUUGCUAUCGCCGUUCAUACCGACACUACUCAAGCACGUACAGAACGAGAACACUCACUUGAUCCAAUGUUACACUCAGUUGUUCACAACCAUUCUCCAACAUGCGAUGGUCUGUGAAUACGAAGAGUUGAUCAACCGUGAGAAUGCAGCUGCAUCUGCAGCACCUACUUCACCUAUCUACUCUUCUUCCAAUAACAGCAACAGCAACAAUAGUAAUAAUAAUAAUAAUACAACUACAGGUAGUAAUAACAAGAAUAAUAGUAAUAGCAAUAUUCCAUCUAAUCAAAGUUCACUGAACUACCGACGAUCUCUCUCACGUAUACCAUCGUCUGCCAACAUUCAAACCAAUAUCUUUACGGAGAGUAGCAGUACACUGACUCCGAUAUCAUCGUUUGCCAUCCCACAGAAUAUAAAGUACUCUCCGAUCAGUGCAACGAUGAAGCAGCUGCAGGAAACACUACAGGGUGGCAACGGUGUGGCAACCAAGUUGUCCGAUAACAUUGGUAAGGAGCUACUAAAGUGCAUCAGUGUGGUGGUCGAUCAAUCACCACAACUUAACCAAUGGGGAUUGAUCUCUGUCAUCUUGCAACUGGUUCCACUCGUUGACUUGACCACCUCGAUUCCACCGAGUGUCUUCAAACACCCGCACCUCUACAAGCUGUUUUUCAUAAAGAAUCCAUUGCAAUUCCAUCUACUGCUAUUCCUCGCAUUGAAAUUCCCCGACAUCUAUUCCAACGAUGAAUUCGAACUGUUCUUUAAACGUUUGAUAUUUAUGAUUAAUGAUAUUUCAUUAUCACAAGAAAAUAGAAUAUUGGCAAUCGAUUGGUUACUUUCAAUUCCAAACAAGAGAUUGAACAAUUCAUCUACUAUUUAUAAUUAUUAUAAACAAUUCUAUCCGACUGCAUUCGAUAACCUGUCACUUAAGGAAGUCAAACUCUAUGCAAUGUGUAAAUGUAUUUUAGAUAACUCAACAACAGCAACAAUAACAAAUCAAGUAAAAACAACAGCAAUUCCACCAAACGAUCUAUUGAAAUCAUUGAUAUGUUUAGAUGAAUUUAGAUAUCACCAGAAUGAAAAUUCAAUUCCAACUAAAAUUGUAUUUUCCAUUCUACUCCAAUAUUUAAUAUCAUUCCCAACAUUUAAAAACAAGAAUCAAUUUAUUCCUAUCGAUUUCAAGGGUGAUAAUCAAUUUGAAACCAUCGAAAUUCUUGGCGUACUUACCGUUGGUCGAGCGUAUUGUACUGGAGGAUCAAAUCAAUCCGAUGGUGCUGUUGAACAAGGUCUACGAUACUGUGCGACGUCGCUCUAUUUCACCCAACACCUCUUCAAACCGCUCCGAUUGAUCCUAACGACACUCUCGUCCUACUUUUGUAAUCUUGAGAUUCGUGACCGUGCCAAAUUCUACGAUCGUAUUCUCACUCAUCUUCCAGAUGACAAAAUCAAACCAUUAUUAACAACAACAUCAACAGAUGAAUCAAAUAUUAGUGGAAUGGGAAUGUCAUCACUUUCAACAAUGAAGAUUAUAAAAUCUUUGAAUAAUCAUAUUGCUAUUACUCCAAUCAAGGAUUUGAAACCGAUUCUACACCAAUUCAAUAUUCCUGCAAAGUCAAACAACUCAACACCCGACGAUCCUAAUCAUCUUCAAACUUUGAUGGUCGAAUAUCAAAAUAUGAUUAGAGAGUACGACCAAUUGGGUGCCAAGAUUGUGAUUCCCUAUCGUAUAAGAUAUAAACCAAAUAUAGUCGAUAGUACCUUCCCACAGAAAGUGUAUGCCUUGCUAAUUCAAUUCCGUCAAGCAACUACACCAUCACUCUAUUCAAACAUCAAUCCAAUCAGAAUUCCCUAUUUGUGUUACAACGAGAAAGAGUCAAUUGAAUUCCCAUAUUGUUUCGAUGUUGAUAUUACUUUCAUUCCACAUCAUCCAUUGCCUAGUGAUAUCAGAGUGAAAAUGGUAUUCAACGAUGACGAAGGAAAGACUUGCAAGGCUGCCGGUGCCAAGAUAACCGUUGAAUUCCAAGAUCUAUUCAUGACCGUUCCAAUUCCACCGUCUGCAACCCAAUCUCCAGAUACAUUUAAAUCUGAACUAUUCGAGAAACUUUGGAAGAUGAUGAUUGAAGAGCAAAUGAUAGAACAAAAAAAUCCAUUGUUCAUGCAUUCAGUUAAACAUGUCAAUGUAAAUAGGGAUAUAAUUAAGCAAUCAAUUGCUAAGCACCUGAAACAAUAUAUAAUCACGGGCAACGAUGAAAAAGAUCAUAAUUCUAUCAAGGUAUUGAUAUUCCUUCCGCCUCAACACCAUUUACUGUUAAUUUUCGAAAUUGGUGUCCAAUCAACUAUUGUACAUAUCAAAACAGAUUAUUGGAGAUCAUUGGCCUACAUAGAUCCAUUUUUAUCAUCUUUGGUUAUAUGUUGA